AUGUUCAUUCGAGUCGCGGACGACACUCCAUCAAUGGCACCAUCCCAUUCCCAAGCUCCAGUAUACAAAUCAAUCCACCCUCAACCACAACGCCCCCUCUUCACCCUCCCAGCCGAGCUCCGCCUGCAAAUUUACUCAGACCUCUUAACAAUCCCACCCAGCAGCAACAGCACCAACGACACAUGUCUCAACGCCGUCAGCAUCGCCUGGUCCUCCUCGUCUCCUAACCCAACCAUCCUCUCCAUCCUAGCGACAUGCCGCCGACUGCACCAUGAAACAGCCCAUCUCUUCUACAGCCUGAACCGGCUGUACAUCACCAACCGCCAAAUCGCCAACAUCAGCCAUUUGCACUCUUUCUUCCGCACGGUAUUGGUGGAUAGAUUGAGGGGUGUUAGGGAAGUGGUUUUGGCGGUUGCUACGUUUGAGGAUGUCAUGAGUGGAUGGAGACUUGCCAGAGAUGCCAUGCCGAAGCUUGAAGUGUUGGAGUUUGUGAUCAGGGUGGCGUUUGAUCUGGUGGAAGAUGCUGAGAAGGGGAAGGGGGAGUUUUUGAGGGAGUUUGGGACUGAGGGCGCUGGGCAGAGUGCAGGACCGCGGCUGAAGGAGUUGAGACUCACGCACAAGUGGGCUAGUCAGUUGAGUCCCACAGAUCUAUGGGCGUGGAGGAUAUUUGGUGAGGAGAUGAGUGCGGUGCUUCCGUUCAGGGUGAUUACGUGCAGACCUUGA